GAGGCCGCCUCGCAGCUUGGGGAUCCUCGGGUGCCGGCGUGGGAGCCCUAAGAGGUGGCCGGGAGCAAUGCCCCCAGCCUGGCGUGCCCCGGACCGUGGCCCCGGACCUGCACCCGAGGUGUCCAGAUUCUCACGGACACCAUUUAACAUGAGGCCAACAUGUGGCAAACUUGCAUGUGAAGUGGGAGAAAACAACAAAAGCGGAAGUAUUUGACUUCAAAGAAGCUUCUGAAAAAUAAGGGAAGGCAGUGCAAGAGUGAAAGAGGUUUUUCCUGGGAUGAGAAGUGAGAGCAAUGGUUUCCAAUAAGGGACCUGGGAGAAAAGGGGCUCUCUGUCACCAGGAAGCUGGAUGAAAAGAGAUUCACUGUUACAGGGCAGGGCCUUGCUGUGACCUGAGAAACUACAGAAACAGACAGGAUGAAGCAGACAGCUGACGGAGCUAAGGAAUGGAUGGAUGUUGCUGACAAAGUGUACUUCCUAACAAAGUCUCCUGCCUCCUUAGUCUUUGAUGCUUCACUGCAUUCAGAGCUGCCAGCUUUUUAUCAUCCUCAGCUCUACAGACUCUGGAGAACCUCAGCCACAGCUCCUCCCAUGUGGCAGCGAAAACAGCAGCUUGUGGGAGCAGAACUUCAUUGAUCCUUCCAACCCAGCCUUGGGUUGGUGAUGGUGAGUCCAACAUCAGAACAGUAUGACAGCUUGCUGCGGCAGAUGUCAGAGAGAAUUGAUGAGGGCUGUGGAGAGACCAUCUAUGUAAUUGGGCAAGGAUCAGAUGGGACUGAGUAUGGCCUGAAUGAGGCAGACAUGGAAGCAUCUUAUGCCACACUGAAGAGCAUGGCAGAACAGAUUGAGGCAGACGUGAUCCUCCUACGGGAGCACCAGGAGGCAGGAGGCAAGGUGCGCGACUACCUUGUUCGCAAGCGCGUGGGUGACAACGACUUCCUGGAGGUCAGGGUAGCAGUAGUUGGCAAUGUGGAUGCAGGAAAAAGCACAUUACUGGGAGUCCUGACACAUGGCGAGCUGGACAAUGGCCGAGGCUUUGCCCGGCAAAAACUCUUCAGGCACAAGCAUGAGAUUGAGUCGGGCCGUACCAGCAGUGUAGGCAAUGACAUCUUGGGUUUUGACAGUGAAGGCAAUGUGGUGAACAAGCCUGACAGCCAUGGAGGCAGCCUGGAAUGGACCAAGAUUUGUGAGAAAUCCACCAAAGUCAUCACUUUUAUUGAUCUGGCUGGGCAUGAAAAGUACCUGAAGACCACAGUCUUCGGUAUGACUGGCCACUUACCAGACUUCUGCAUGCUUAUGGUUGGUAGCAAUGCUGGGAUUGUUGGGAUGACCAAGGAGCACCUGGGCCUGGCAUUGGCACUCAAUGUUCCAGUCUUUGUUGUGGUGACCAAGAUUGACAUGUGCCCUGCCAAUAUCCUGCAAGAAACCCUGAAACUGUUGCAACGACUGCUGAAGUCUCCAGGGUGUAGGAAGAUUCCUGUGUUGGUUCAGAGCAAGGAUGAUGUCAUUGUAACAGCUUCCAACUUCAGCUCAGAGAGGAUGUGCCCAAUAUUCCAGAUUUCUAAUGUCACUGGUGAGAACCUGGAUUUGCUAAAGAUGUUUCUCAAUCUCUUGUCUCCACGGACCAGUUAUAGGGAGGAAGAGCCAGCAGAAUUUCAGAUAGAUGACACUUAUUCUGUCCCGGGUGUAGGAACAGUAGUGUCUGGGACAACACUGAGAGGCCUGAUCAAGCUGAAUGACACCCUGCUUCUGGGUCCAGAUCCCCUUGGCAACUUCCUGCCCAUUGCUGUCAAGUCAAUCCACCGCAAACGCAUGCCAGUCAAGGAAGUCCGUGGAGGCCAGACUGCCUCCUUUGCUCUGAAAAAGAUCAAGCGUUCCUCCAUCCGUAAAGGCAUGGUGAUGGUGUCCCCCCGGUUGAACCCCCAAGCAUCCUGGGAAUUUGAAGCUGAGAUUCUGGUGCUGCAUCACCCCACUACUAUCAGCCCACGCUAUCAGGCAAUGGUGCAUUGUGGCAGCAUCCGCCAGACAGCCACCAUCCUCAGCAUGGACAAGGACUGCCUACGGACAGGGGACAAAGCCACAGUGCACUUUCGUUUCAUCAAGACCCCUGAAUAUUUGCAUAUAGACCAGCGGCUGGUCUUCCGUGAGGGCCGUACCAAAGCUGUGGGCACUAUCACCAAGUUACUCCAGACCACCAAUAACUCCCCAAUGAACUCCAAGCCCCAACAAAUCAAGAUGCAAUCAACAAAAAAGGGAGCUGUUAUGAAACGAGAGGAUGCUGUGUCUCAGAGUGGGACAGCCCCAGCGGGGCCCCCAGCAGGGGAUGAUGCCACUUCAUCAGGAGCAACACCAUCUCUACCUUCUAGUGCCCUGCAGCCACCGACUGCACUGGAUGAAGAGCCCCACAACCGUGAGGGCAAUAAGUCGAAGGUUGGAGGAGGGGGCCGGCGACGAGGGGGCCAGCGCCAUAAAGUGAAAUCUCAGGGGGCUUGUGUGACUCCUGCUGGUGGCUGCUGAACAUCCCCCCUAGCUCCCCACCAACCCCUCCCCUAAGGAGUUCCUCCCCCUCCUUCCAUUUCUUAUCCAAGAGAUCCAGAGCAGCUUAAACCAAAACACCCAUCCCAGCUGAUCAGCUGCAGAAGAACCUUCCCUCCCAGAGGAAUGACCAAGGGGUUAUAAUUUAUAAGCUAAUGAAGGUGAUAAAACACCUGGAACUGAGCGAAUGACAUGCUCCUCCUCCCUCUAACAACACAUUUUUGUACAUCAUGGGCUAAGUUUUUAUUCUUAGUUUUUAUUAUAUUUUAUGUGCAUGAAGAUGACAGGAGAAUCCAGAUCUGUUGGAGAAGAGCCAGCCAGCCCCCCUCUCCCCCCUCCCCUCAAAUUUUGUCUCAUUUACUCACUACCUUCUCCUAUGCACUGUCCCAAAUCCAUUGGCAUUAGAAGAUCUGAAAUUCCAGACCUCCAGGGGUUAGAAAGGUGUGAAAUAGGUGGCUGGCUGGAGGGAGCUGUAAUUCAGGCAAGAUGCCAAAUGAGUUCUGGAACCUCCUUCUCUCAAGCUGUUUUUAAAUGGGUUGAUUUUAACAUGGCAGUGACGGGAGUUUUGGAGGAGGCCUCCAAAGAAUUGACCAGAUAGACCAGAAAGAGGAAGGCAAAUCCCAGAGCAAUCCUAGAUCCUAAGCAGGUAUAUGUUUUCCUCCAUACUUCUUCCCCUUGCCCACAUGCAAAGCUGAGAGCUGUAAAAGUUUUAGAUCAAAACUGGGACCCAGCAGGAUGUCUAUCACCUUCCCUUCCUUUUGUCAUGUCUGUUCAGUGCUUACAGAUCUUACCUGCCCCUCAAGGCUGUGGCAGCCCAGUGACAGUGUUACCAAUGUAGUGCAGGAACGCUGAGUCUGUCCCUUGCCCGGGACAGAGCUGCCUCCCCCGUGACUGAACAGUGAUCGCAGGGGGAAUAAACCCUUUGGGACUGGAGACUGCAAACCACCUUUGCUUGACUCCUCCAUUUGCUCUGAGAUCUCUCUUCAGGACUUGCUGGCUAGCCAAUGCUCCAGGGCUAAUAGAAUUGGUCAGUUGUCUUUGUGGAAGGGAGGACGUGACCAGUCAGUUUCAGAUGUAGGAAAGCACUUUCAGCCUCAGGAGCCACACGGUGGCUUUUUAUACCCACCCCACCCCUUUAUUUUUUUACAAAGUUCUUAGCUUCUUGGAGAGAGCCUGCAGGAGUCUCUGAGCUGACUUGCUUUAUCAGUAUCAUGUCUUUUUAACUUUGGGCUCCAUAACUGAUCAGCUUCCAGCUUGUUCUUAUUUCUCUCCUUCCAUACGCGCCUCUUCAGAGGAGGUCUGUGGAGGACAAGGCUUAUCCUCAGCUGACUUAUGGCAAGCAGUGGGUGUGUUAGAGUCUUGAGGGAGGAAGUGGAGCUAUCAGCAAGUCACUGCUCCCCACUGGAAGUAAGGUCAGCCACUGUUCCCUUUUUGUUCAGGGGCCCUCCACCUCUGAUGGAAAGCUCCUUUUCCAGAGGCAGACUUAAAGCCUCAGCCCAUCUUUAGAGGGACUUCCCUGGUUCUGUCCUUACUGUGGCUACUGCUGGGACAGAGGUCAUUCUGGGUCACCCUGUGAUUUGAAGUCAGCUAAAGCAAGGUGGGCUGUAAGUGUCUCAGGGAAGAGUGGAGCUGAUGCAGGUAUUGGCACUCAGAGCAAGAUGCCGUGAGAGGGAUACAGGACAGAUACGAGGGUAUUUUGCCUUAGAGCCUCUAGUGGCCUGAGCAUGGAUGGGAGUGGGGCAGGAGUACAGCCCCUCUCAAGCUAUGUGCCUAGCUCUCCUGAGGAGGAACCACAUGCAGCUACAGCACUAAUAGCACCCUCCUUGUGAAGGGGUGUGAGGUGUGUCUCGUAUCAAACUGCAUCUGAUUUCACUGUCCUCUGCUCCCAAGGGAGGCAGAGAACUCUAGGCUGACUUACUUCUCUUUCUUCAUUCUUUGAGCUCCCAGUGAAGAAGCCUAGGGUUGAGGAAGGUUUACUUAACUUCAUGCAAAGGAGGUGUUGUGAUCUCUCUCUUGUGACCAGGAUUCAAGGAUCACUAAGGCUGGUGUGAUGAUGUAUAAAAUAAAAAGUUUGUUCCAAGUUAAAUGA